AUGCCGGAUGUGGUCAAGAGCUCAGGAUGGAGGAGAAAGAAGAACCGUGAUGGUUAUACAAGCGGCAGUCAGAGGCUCUUAACUGGGCCAGAGAUGGCAGAGGAGGAUGCAGUUAAAAGAGAGAGAAGGGAGCUGGCACAGUCAAGAGAGAGGACGAAAGAGAUACAAAGACAGACACGUCGACGAGAGAAUAAACACGCAAAGGCACUGUUAACAACUAAUUUCGAGAAUAAUAAGGAUAAUGAUCAGCGUCCUUAUCAAUCCUCUGCCACCGCCACUAUCUCUCAUCGUCCUCCUCUACUACCGCCAGUUCAACCAUAUCAGUACUCUCAAGAGACACAAGCAUUGUUAGAUAAGACACAAGCAUUGUUGGAUAAAGCACAGGCUCGAGAAUCAUCUCCACCUCAACCGGAUUCAGAUGAGGAUGAGGACAAGCGAGAAAGAACUCCUCCUGUUAUUGAUGAUGCCGAUCCUUUGGAAUUAGAAAUUAUGGAAAGCGAAGGCCGACAAUUGUUUAAUUCAGGCGGUACUGCCCCCCCACUCUGGUCAUUGAUGCCUGAGUUCGCUGGAAUAACAAGGGCGGCGAGGCCAGGGACAGAGAGAUCGGAGAGGGAGAGAAAGUGGAAGUGCAAGAUGACUUCGCCUCCUCCUCCUCCUCAUCCGCCGCCGUCAGCUAUCCCCUUUCCCUCGUCCCAUUUCUUCAAACGCCCUCCCUGGUACGCCGUCCCCACCGUCACCACCACUCCCACUACCACAGGAUGA